GUUGGGUUGUACUCUUGCAGUCUUGGAGCACCCUCUAUUCAGUCAUUCUUCUGUCUGUCUCAGUGAGUGAGGUCCAGGCCAUCUAGAUCGGAGCCACCACUGUCCAGGUGGCGGAGACCGGUGCAUUUUGUUUUUUAUAUCGGCUUGUCCAAGCAACGCUGCCUACACGUAGAUCCAGUUUCCAGUUGAUAGACAUGAUGAAAACACUGCAGCUGGUCGUAGCAAUUGCAUUGCUUGGCGUAUGCGGUGCAACAAGGCGUUCAAAAGGUGUUGGCACGACGUAUCCCACCGUUGAUUAUCGACCACGUUAUCACUUGACCUGCGAGCGAGGAAGACUGGAUUAUCCGAGCCUGGCUUUUUCUGCAGGCAAGGGCCAAUUGGUCUAUCACAUGUUUUACCACUGUUCCUCGUUAACCGAUGAUGACAGUGCUGAAGCUAUUGAUAGUUGGACUCACACGACCAGCACGGAUUUGAUGAGCUGGGAGGCUUCCCUUUUGCGCGGCAUUCCGUCGGGAACGACAUCCAUCUCCAUCACGCAGCCGGCGUUCAACUCCUCCAGGGCCGUGGCAGCAAUCCUCAGGCACGGCGGUGUCUAUCUUGUUCACUCGGUGGACAAUAGCAUGGUGGAAUGGAUCGACUUGUCUCUGAACCCGAUCAUCACGCCACCCGAAGGUGGCAGCAACUUCACCGACAUCCACCUUUGGUCGAACGGCACAUCUCAAUUCUUCCUGCUGGCUGGCUCUACUCUGAACAGCUCCUACAGCAAAGGCAUUCACGAUGCGAAGGCAACCAGCUCAAUUCCCGUCACCUAUCUGUUCGAGAGCAAGGACCUGAAGACGUGGACAUCCCAUGGUAUCUUCUGGCAGGGUGACUCUACGUUUGGCUCUACUGUAAAGAGCGUUGAUUUUUACGAGGUGGUCAACUCUCAGCUCAAGUUUAAGCAGCAGGUUCUUACGCUGACGUUUCCCGAGGAGGCUGGUUCGUUCUGCAUCAGCGGCCAGUUUGACUUCAGCAGUGCUAACGACUUCAAGGUUUACACUCUACGACAUGCUGACUAUGGCAUGCUCGACCAUACCAGCAGUAUUCUGGAUACUCUAGGUCGUCGUCUGGCUGUCGGCGCAGUGGACGAGAUGAAGAGCAUUGAAUGGCAAGUGCACGAUCAGUAUGCUGGUAUUGUCAGUUUACCUCGCCUGGUUCUGUCCCUGCCAGCUGAAGAGGUUGGCUUUCAGGCACCAGCGGACGUAUCCGCUCUGUACGGAAAGCCCCUUGGUCGCCUUGACGGUCUGAAACUGAGCGCUGGAGAGACGGAAACGCUGCCACUGCUCUAUGGAAACCAGAUGACAAUCCGCGCCACUAUGAAUAUGACAGUUCUGCCCAGUGCUAAAUUCUCAGCCGGCUUCAAGGUGCUGAUGUCGGGGGAUGAGAAAGAGUUUACAACCAUUGCCAUCAAGAACAACCCCAACCCCGUACCCAUUCAGUGUAUUGACAUUCCAGUGUCGCAUGGACUGGACCGGAUUGGCUACGAUUACUACGUGUUUGAGAUUUCUACGCUGGAGGAGUGCAAGGCCGCAUGCUGCGCUGAUGCCAAGUGCAAAUCCUUCGAUUUUGUUUACAAAUUCCCAGUGAACAUUGGAUUCAACUGUACGGUGGGGUCGAAUUGCUGUUUCCUGAAGAACAAGGUCCCUCCGCUGGUUCCGUCCGGCUUGAAUGUCUCCUCCGGAGUGUCUUCUCUGCAAAACAGUGUGCUCUCAGUUUCCACGCUCCACUCCAGCUUGAACCCGGAGGCGAGCGGCGAGGAGAAACACGUGCCAUUCUCCUACGCACCGAAGAGUCUGGCUCCGCGUAGCAAGUCUGUUUCUGACCGUAUCAGCGAGAAGCGCAAGUCUGAGCUUCUGGCGCGGUUUGGCCCAUCGGUUCACGUUGGCGAGACCCCAGUGACGGACUCUGUGACCGUGCAGAUCUUCAUCGAUCACAGUGUUGUGGAAGUGUUUGUGGAGAAUGCGCUGGUCAUUACGGAGCGAGUCUACCCAACUCAGGAAAGCAGCAUGAACGUUCAGCUCUUCUCUAACAAUGGCAGUGUGAUAUUCACGUCGAUCGAGGCUUUCCAGAUGCAGGGCGCCUUCAACAACUAGUGCUGUGUUGACGAAAAGGUAACGUACCGGUACUCUUACACUGGGUCUGGGUCAGUACGACUUUGUCGCUUUAUCUCCGUGCCUGUGCUGGUGCAUGGAGUUAUGGUGGUGUAUCCUCCGCUUGUAGUACUACGGCUUGUUCUUAUCGGCAGGACAUGCCGUGCUGGCCGUGUAGACUCGCCUGCAGCGAUGCGCUCGUUUGUUUUUGGCCUCGGCGCAGUGCGUACCGCAUUGGCGAGCUCCGCCUUUGAUCGGGGUGUAAGGUUGCGGCGGGCGUGGCUGUAGAUUGUCCUGCAGGUGCAUCAGCCUACUUUAGCCUCGUUGAGACGGUGUAGCCGUGUGCUUGUAGAGAGAACUAUGCUCGUUUCUACUGCAUCAUUCAUACUCACUCCUCAAUCGUUGUGCAGCAUCUAGGCAUUUUAUUUUUCAAACUUUUCUCUUUGCGCAGCGCUCCUGUGUAUAUUGAGUCUUAACCGAACUUAUUUAUUAUAAUCAUGGCUCACAGCAGCAAUGCUUCGCCAUUUCCAGCGUUUGGUGAUUUGGGAACUUGAGAUGACGCAGAGAGUCUUCUUGGAUGCAUAGACUCGUUUGGUGACACGCUGUGGGCGUGCUUGCUUACUGCUCAGACUAGCAAUCAUUGUGCAGCUGGAGAACUCCAACUUGUGUGGCUGUGUGGUGCUGUGCAAGCAGUGCUUGUUUUUGGACGCAUGUGGAAUAAACCCGCUCCAAUUUGUU